CUCUACGACCUCCUUCUAUGGCGGCAGGACUCUCAUUAAUCACAUUAACACUCAAACCACUCAACCGCUCUUCCUCUUCCUCCACUUCUCGUCUCAACCACCCUAGACCCGCCGCCGUUUUCCCUCCGUCUCUCCGAUUCAACGGCUUAAAACGCCGGAAGAUCCUCACCGUCUGUUUCGUCGUCGAGGAACGUAAACAGAGAUCUCCCAUGGACGAUGACAGACCGGAAAGCACGAGCUCUCUCGAGAUCUCGACGACGUUAAGGCUUUUGCAGAAAGCGGAGAGGAAGAAAUCAGAGAGAUUCACUUAUCUAAUCGCUGCUAUUAUGUCGAGCUUUGGUAUUACUUCCAUGGCUAUCAUGGCCGUUUAUUACCGAUUUUCCUGGCAAAUGAAGUUUUGUUUCGAUUUAAAAGGGAGUGAAGUGUCUGUGUCAGAGAUGUUCGGUACAUUUGCUCUCUCCGUUGGUGCUGCCGUUGGGAUGGAGUUUUGGGCAAGAUGGGCUCAUAGAGCUUUGUGGCACGCUUCUUUAUGGAACAUGCAUGAGUCUCAUCACAAACCUAGGGAAGGAGCGUUUGAGUUAAACGAUGUGUUUGCUAUUAUUAACGCGGUUCCUGCGAUUAGCCUUCUUAAUUAUGGAUUCUUCAAUAAAGGACUUGUUCCUGGUCUCUGCUUCGGUGCCGGAUUGGGAAUAACGGUGUUUGGAAUCGCCUACAUGUUCGUCCACGAUGGACUUGUGCACAAGAGAUUCCCUGUGGGUCCCAUUGCCAACGUUCCUUACCUCCGAAAGGUCGCCGCCGCUCACCAGCUACACCACACAGACAAAUUCAAAGGUAUACCAUAUGGGCUGUUUCUUGGACCCAAGGAAGUGGAAGAAGUGGGAGGAAAAGAAGAGUUAGAGAAAACGAUAAGCCGGAGAAUCAAACUAUACAACAAGGGUUCCACCUCUUAAUAGCUUCAACUCCAAUUUUACUUCUUUUGUUUUUUGUUUUUUUGUUUUUAAUCUGGUUUGACUAAUAAGUUGUUUUGGUAAAUAUAUAUGUAUUUAAAAAAAAAAUGAAAGUAGAAGAAGAGCCACGCUAAUUAGCAUUUGAGACUGCAUGUCAUGUCUCUUGAGGACAAAUAUGUAAGUGUGUUUUAUAAGAAGAAGGGUCUCUUUUUGAGUCA